UAAGUAUUUUCUAUUGAAUUCGAAAUGCAAAUUUUUUAAGUUUUAUCCAAUAACUUUUCCGGCGGUCCGCCAAACACCAUGAGAAGUGGUGAUGUCUUCACUGCCUCCACAUUUCAACCGAUUUUCGAAGUUUUCAACUGUCACCUGGUGGAACUCCAACAUAAGGGACGCUGUAAAUCAUGGCCAUCCGUUCAAAGCCCUCGUCCUUUUCCGUCAAAUGAAACUAAAUGGUCUGCAACCCAACAAUUUCACAUUUCCCUUCAUAGCAAAAGCCUGCGCGAAGCUCUCCAAUCUUUGUAACACCCAGAUCAUCCACACCCAUGUCGUCAAAUCCCCAUUCCACUCUGAUAUCUUUGUUCAGACGGCCAUGGUCGAUAUGUAUGUCAAGUGUUGUAAAGUGGAGGAUGCGUAUAACCUGUUUGAGAAAAUGCCUGUUAGGGAUAUUGCAUCGUGGAACGCUAUGAUUAUUGGUUUUGCCCAAUUUGGCUCCCCUGAUCGAGUUUUUCAUCUGUUUGUAGGGAUGGGAUUAGUGGGAAUUCGGCCAGAUCCAGCUACUGUCAUUGGGUUGACUCGAGCAGUUUUAUCUGCCAAAAGUUUAAGAUUCUUGAAAGCUGUUCAUGCUAUUGGGAUUGAAACAGGAUUAGAUGCUGAUGUCUCAGUUGCUAACACUUGGAUUGCUGCUUAUUCCAAAUGCGGUGAACUGCAGGUAGCAGAGAUGGUAUUCAAGGGGAUUCAAAAGCAUGCAAGAUCUUCUGUCUCGUGGAAUUCAUUAAUUUCAUGCUAUGCAAAGUUUGAGAGAUAUUUAGAUGCUGUAAAUACCUACAAAGGAUUGAUCUGUGAUGGAUUUAAGCCUGAUGCAAGUACGAUUAUUAGCCUGCUUUCCUCUUGCAUGCAACCUGAAGCACUAGUUUAUGGUUCCCUUAUUCAUGGCCAUGGUGUACAAUUGGGCUGCGAUUCAGAUAUUUCAUUAACUAACACCCUUAUAUCAAUGUAUUCAAGGUGUGGAGAUAUUUUCUCGGCUAGAACUUUAUUUGAUGGCAUGUCCAUUAGAACUUGUGUUUCAUGGACUGCCAUGAUUAGUGGGUAUAGUGAGGUGGGGCGCAUUGAUGAGGCCUUAGUAUUAUUUAAUGCUAUGGAAGAAGCUGGUGAGAAACCUGAUUUAGUUACAGUUCUUUCCCUGAUAUCAGGUUGUGGUAAAGCAGGGGCACUUGAGCUAGGACAUUGGAUCGAACGCUAUUCAUAUUUACAUGGAUUGAAACAAGAUGUGGUUGUUUCCAAUGCAUUAAUAGACAUGUAUGGAAAAUGUGGAAGCAUGAGUGAUGCUCGAGACGUAUUUUACGGUUUGCCUAAUAGAACCAUCGUCUCUUGGACGGCCAUGAUUGCAGCUUGUGCUUUGAAUGGGGAAUUUAGAGAAGCCUUAGAUAUCUUCCAUCUGAUGUCAGAGUCGGGAAUAAUGCCAAACCAUGUCACGUUUGUAGCUGUUCUUCAAGCUUGCUCUCAUGAAGGCUAUCUUGAGAAAGGGAGGGAAUGUUUUAUGAUGAUGACUGAAAGAUAUGGUAUAAAUCCUGGUUUGGAUCAUUAUUCCUGCAUGAUAGACCUGCUUGGACGGAAAGGGAAGCUAAUUGAAGCCUUGGAGGUUAUUCAAGAUAUGCCUAUGGAGCCUGAUGUGGGCAUAUGGGGUGCAUUGCUUGGUGCUUGUAAGAUUCACCGCAACAUGCAAAUCGGUGAAUAUGUGUCUCGUAAUCUCUUUGAAUUGCAGCCGCAGGUUGCAGUUUCGUUUGUUGAGAUGGCUAAUAUAUAUGCAUCAGUUGGAAGAUGGGAUAGAGUUGCAGAUAUGAGAAAAAUGAUGAGAUCAAACAAAGUGAGGAAAUCUCCUGGGAAAAGUACUGUUCAAGUGAAUGGAAAGUCUCAUGUGUUUAUUGUUGAGGACAGAGGCCAUCAUGACAGCUUGCUUAUUUAUGCAGUGUUGGAAAAUUUAACUCUGCAGUUGAAAGAAGAAGAAUCCACGUCGCAUGCCCAGAUAACUGUUGAAAAUGAUAUGGAAUUAUGCUGAUUGUCCUUGUUCCAAUUCUUAUGGUUAGAAUAGAAAGACAAGUUUCUGGAGGUGGUGUCAUGUUCAGGUCCGUUAUUUUGCCACCCAUAUAAUCUUUUAGCAUCUUCUCAAAGAAAUUGCUGGAAAGUGUACUUCUUUGGAAACCUUUUAAGAUGACGA